AUGACCGUGCUCGGCGUCCUGGGCCGCGUCCUGGCGCUUGCCGCUGGCGCCGUUGGUGGCGGGAUCUACCCGGACGGCCACUGGGACCUCUGCACGCAGGUCACCGCCGAGAACGCGAACGACUUCGUGAAGGGCCACCCUGACGUAGCGUUCGGCGACGUGAGCCUCUCCAAGAGCCGCGUCAGCGAGAUCCACGGGGUCGCGCAGAACCCCGGGGCGGGCGGCUGGCCGACCAUCCGGAUAUUCAACAACAAGACCGGUUACGGCGGGAAGGCGUACGACAAGAAGACCAGCGAGGCGAUGUGCGACGAGCUCGGCCCGAACAACGAGUACAUGCGAAAGCUGGUGGAGUACGCGCCGCUCAACUGCAACAUCGACGACACGAUCGGCUGCUCGAAGAAGGCCAAGAAAUUCAUAGAAAAGUGGGCAGACGAGCCCCUGGAGGGCAUCUCGGAGGGGAUCCAGAAGCAGCUGCUCUACCUGGAGACGGCGUCGGAGCCCAAGAAGAAGAGCGCGAAGGAGUGGCAGCAGCAGCGCGUCGACAUCUUCAAGCAGUACGCCCGGGCUCGACUCUCUCUGAUCACAGCAUUGGAGAGGGAGGGCAAGGCCCCGAAGCGCAGCGACUUCUCGGAGCACCUCUACCAGAACCUGGAGGAGUACCUGAAGGCUGAGCACCCGGACUGGCUGCCGUUCCCGAGGGAGUGCGGCGAGCUGCUCGCGGAGGGGGCGCUGAAGGCCGCCUGGGUCAACUGCCGCGAGCCGCUGCUGCUGCGCUACGACAUGGUGGACUGCACGCCCGCGGAGUGGGUCGCUGCGUACGAGGAGCCGCGCCGGAAGCUGCGGGAGGGCGCCGUGGAGGACGCCGAGGCCCGGCUGACCCCCUUCGGCUAUACCGCAGAGGCGGAACCGGAGGACGCGUGAGAGACGCAGGAAGACGAGCCCCCGCCCCCGAGAGGCCGCUGCGCAAGAGGGUCGGCAGCUUUCCCGCCUCUCCUCACCCCCCCUCCCCCGUCCUCACCCCGCCCUCCCCCCACCACCACCCCUCCCACCCCUCCCCGGCCGCGGAGCGCCCGCUGGAGCCGCCAGCGUCGCGGCACAGCUGGGCCUCCGACCCCGGCCGCGGGCCGGGAGACGCCAGAAAUGCGG